AUGGUACGCCUGACCAUAGAUCUGAUCGCUAAAUCUAGAAACCACUUCAAAAAGAAAAGGGGCCUCUCUUUCCCGGAGUACCUCAAAACACUUACCCACCUCCACUUUUCCAGCAAGAAUAUCGAGGAUAUUGGUGAUCUUUCCAUGUGUAGAAACCUUGCCGUUCUCUACCUGUAUGACAAUCAGAUCACAAAUAUCUGCAACCUCGGCUUUGCUUAUAACCUCACCCAUCUGUACAUGCAGAACAACAACAUCUCACAAAUAGAUAAUCUGUGUAAUCUCCAUAAACUCUCCAAACUGUAUCUUGGUGGAAACAGGAUUGCAGUAGUGGAGGGCUUAGAGCAGCUCAGUGAGCUUAAGGAGCUUCAUCUGGAGAAUCAGAAGCUGGCACCAGGGGAAAAGUUGCUCCUUGACCCCAGGACUCUCCGCACUCUCGCUGAUUCUCUCCGUGUCUUGAAUAUCAACAACAACAACAUAGAUGAAAUCCGGGACCUGUCACUUCUAAAGGAAAUCCAACAUUUUUCUGCUGCUGACAAUAAAUUGCACAAUACUGAGGAGUUGGAGGAUGUUUUCAAGCACUGGCCUCUGCUGCUUGAAAUGGAUUUGAGUGGAAAUCCUGCGUGUAAAAAACCAAAGUACAGAGACCGCCUGAUAACCGUGUGCAAGGGACUCGAGGUUCUCGAUGGAAGGGAAAUUAAUGAGUUGACCAGACAGUUUCUUAUUAACUGGAAAGCUUCCAAAGAGGCCAAAAAGAAAAAAAACAACAAACACUUCCUGACCAGACCAAUGAUCCCCCAUCAUUUAACAAGUAAGUCACUAAAUACUGUGGCACAAAAAUUAGAGAUUCCUCUGAGUAGACUUCUCAACCGUGCUGCUGUGUCAUCAGCCAUCUGCAGUCCUGUGGAUGCUUGA